UACUUUUUCCUUUGAGGAAUAAGAUUGAGAAUAUCCUAUGAAUUACAUGUUACCUGAUUCCUUUUUGGAUUUGAAUUCCUAUUCCAAUCAAAAUAAACUUAUCAGAAAUCGAGAAAAAGUAUGAAUAAAAGUGGAUAAGGGAUUGUACGUUGUUUGCCUAAAUCCUAUUAGUACUUCCUCGAUUUGGUAAUGCUGUAUAUCUAUAUAAUGACUGCCCCCUAUGCUUUCUUCCCCCCGUUGUUCUCUGAACGAACUAAUUCUCAUGCCAUCGGAAAAUCAUCGAAAAAUAAUAGAUUUUAAACAAGAUGCAAGCUGUCGAAGGUACACCAUGUCUGCAGUUUCCCUUACCUCCUGUGCCGGUCGUAAAUCCUUACUUGGGUACAAUGGAGUACUGCUACUCAAUUAUUCCCCUUCCCAUGCAUGAUCCCGACCCUCUUCCUAUACCUGGCGUUAUAUAUCCGGUUUGGAAGAGCAAUUUAGUGCCUGCGUUUUCGCAGAUUUGGAAACUAAUUAGCCAAGGUGGCCGCUGGUUCGCUUCUAUAGACACAGAAUUCCCUGGCACAAUUUAUGAUUACGACAAAGGCCGUCUCCAUGACCCUCUGUACAAGUAUAUGAUGAUGAAGAAGAACGUGAACGACACCAACAUAAUCCAGUUGGGUCUCACACUCGCAGACCUUAACCAAAACAUCUAUACCUGGGAGUUCAAUUUCAGCGACUUUGAUAUUGACCGUGAAGAUCAUAAGCAUAUCAAGCGCUCAAUUGAGUUACUUAAGCGUCACGGAAUCGAUUUCUGGAGAAACAAGGAGGAUGGUAUACCUUCGCAUGAGUUCGCGAGAAUGUGUCGGGAAGUUGGGCUGUUAGAAAACAGAUUGGUAGAGUUGACAUGGGUGGGUUUCCAGAUCUCAUCUGAUUUGGGCUACUUCACCAAGAUCCUCACUGGGCAAAAGUUGCCAGACGAUUUUGAGGAGUACAAGAAGGCUGAAAGGAUCUACUUUGGGGAUAGGGUUUGUGAUGUCAAGGACAUGAUGAACUCGUUUCCGACACUAAAAGGCGGUUUGAACAACGUGGCGGAGAAACUGGGGAUUGCUCGUGCGGCCGGCAAGAGUCACCAGGCCGGGUCUGAUAGUCUGUUGACAUAUCUAACCUUCAUCAAGCUGAGCUCAAUGUAA